CAAAAUUGAUUCCCGAUGCCUCUACCGGACUUUUUUGGAGAAAUGAUGCACAAUUCGAAAGUUGCCGUUAACCCAGAUGGUCAAGUGGUGCUUACAGCUUGUGGGACUGAGAUGAAAGACGUCCUUUCAAUCGUUGCUGACUCAACUAAGUGGAGAAAGCAAUCAUCCCUGGUCCCGUACUUUGAUCGGAAACGGAUCAUGAAAGCACGUGCUGAUACUAACCUGUCUUCUCCACAGUUUGAAGUUGAGAGUAUCGCACCUCUGAAAAGUCCUGAGAAAAUCAAGCUGAAGCCAUCACCAAAGAAGGGUGCAGGGAGAGAGAUCUCUACAAGAACUAUUUCCAUGCAUAGACGGCAAGGCAGAACGGCAGUUCUUUUCCUUAGGAAAUCCGGCCCCGAACUUCCUCAGCUCUUGACCCAAUUCUCUGCUAGCAUUGCUGGGGCUGGUCUUGCUGUUCUUUUCACUAUUAUUUUUGAGGUUGCUUGUGGGAGGGUUCCAUUUGGUACAUCUAAACUAUUUAGCACUGGCCUCGCCUUUGGAUUAGUUUGGCUCUCGCGGGCAGUCGACCGACUGAGGGACACGGUCGUACAUAUCAGCAAGAAUAUUAGCAAGUUGGAUCUGGUGGAAGAGGAGAUGAUUAAGAGAGUGGGGAGAAGCUUAAAUCAAAUCUAUUUCAGAGCUGCGACCUUGAUGGCUGUAGCAGUGCUGAGCUUGUGUAUGUACAACUAUCAUUAUGCUGUAAAUGGAGAGGUGAGAGCCAAGGAGUUUUACCGGUACUAA